UAACGUUUACUAUUGUAGCCACAUAUCCCAUAAUACUCCAUUGCGAUAUAUAUUCCUUUCCCAGCCCGCGUUCGGGACGAUUACCAAGGUUACCUCUCCCACACUUCUCGACUGCCAACCUGGCCCGAGCAAUUCACCUCCAGAAAGCCAAAUGCAGCGCGAUUAACAUACGCCAGCAGCCUUGCGAUGCGAAUUCAGCCAGCUUUCGCAUCCGCCAACACACGAACACACGCCGAAGGGGGGGAACCGAGCGAGGCUUCCAUUUGACCGGGGCGGCUGGUUGGGCAGAGUACCAAAGGGUUGAGCAGACGGCCCGGAUGGGUGUCACGCGACCGACGACGACGAACAUACGCUCAUCCUCGAGGAGGAUCCUGCCAAAAUGUCGGCCUGGAUCGGUCAGCCCUCGGUGAAGGGCAGCUCCGAGAUGAUGCGCAUGGUACUUCUGACCUUCAACUCGGUUGGCAUAACCUUCACAUGGGGAGUUGAGCUCACUUAUGGCACUCCCUACCUCCUUUCUCUCGGCUUGACGAAAGGGCAGACGUCGCUCGUAUGGAUAGCUGGUCCACUAUCGGGUUUGGUGGUGCAGCCGAUCAUCGGCGCCAUUUCAGACCAGUCCACGUCAAAAUGGGGACGAAGGCGGCCGGUCAUUGCCAUAGCGUCGAUAAUAGUGUCCUGUUGCCUACUUAUGCUCGGGUUCACCAAGGAGCUGGUGGGCUAUUUCAUUGCCGACGAGGAGGCCGCCAGGGUCCCCGUUAUCGCCAUUACCGUCUUUGCCUUGUAUGCCACGGAUUUCUCCAUCAACGCUGUCAUGUCCUGUUCCAGGAGUCUCAUAGUGGACACACUGCCCGUACAUAAGCAGCAAACGGGCGCGGCAUGGGCGAACCGAAUGUCUUCCAUCGGCCACAUUGCCGGCUACGGCAUGGGUGCAAUUGACCUUGUCAGCUUGUUCGGGACCACACUCGGAGAUACCCAGUUUAAGCAGCUCACGGUCAUCGCGGCUCUCGGGAUGCUGAUCACUUCCGGGGUCACCUGCUGGGCUGUCUCCGAGCGUGUUGCGCUCCCGACACGACACGAUCCCCGAAAGCCGCAACGGCGAUUCAAGGUCCUCCACCAGAUCUGGUCGACCCUGUCGAACCUGCCGCCCAGGAUACAGGCCAUAUGCUGGGCCGUCUUCUGGUCCUGGAUAGGGUGGUUUCCCUUCCUCGUCUACAGCAGCACCUGGGUGGGCGAGACCUACUUCCGCUACGACGUCCCCGAAGAUGCCAGGCACAGCGAGGACGCGCUGGGGGAGAUGGGGCGGAUAGGGAGCAUGGCGCUCACGGUCUACAGCGCCGUCACCUUCCUUGGCGCGUGGAUCCUCCCGCUGUUCGUCAAGGGCCCCGACGAAGACAGCUUCACGCCCCGUCCGCCGGCGAGCAUCGCGCACCUGGUCGAGAAGUUCAACAAGCUCAAGCCCGACCUCCUCACGGUCUGGGUGUGGGGUCACAUCAUAUUCUCGGCGGCCAUGUCGCUCGCGCCCUUCGCGGCCAGCUUCCGCUCCGCGACGGCGCUCGUCGCCAUCUGCGGGCUGCCGUGGACCAUCUGCCACUGGGCGCCCACGGCCUUCCUUGGCAUGGAGGUCAACAAGCUGAGCGGCGGCGGCGGCGGCGUCGACCCCAGCCCCAUCGUCCCCUACCGCCGCCUCUCGGUCGGCUCGAGCAUCGAGCUGAUCCCCCGGCCGCGCGACCCCUCGCUCCUCGAGCACGGUGGCCCGGACGAGCCCGGGUCCGCGGGGGCGGCAUCGGCCACGGGCGAGCUGUCGGGCAUCUACUUUGGCAUCCUCAACAUCUACACGACGCUGCCGCAGUUCCUCGGCACCUUCCUCAGCGCCAUCGUCUUCGCCGUCCUCGACCCGGGCAAGAGCCCCGAGCUGACGGACGGCGCCACCGCCCCGGAGCCACACGGCCCCGACACCGAGGGCCCCAACGCCAUCGCCGUCUGCCUGUUCCUCGGCGCCAUCUGCACCCUCGGCGCGGCUUACUCGACCCGCCAGCUGAGGUACGUGGCUUGAUUGUCGGGAUCCGUGGGGUGCGAGCCUCGGGCUAUGAGCAGUGGUGCGUGCCGCCCUGGUGU